CUUCUUCUGAUGAAGAACUCAAGAAGAGAGAGAGAGAGAGUUGUUAGCUAGCUCACACGCUUUCGCUUAAAACUCAAAAACCUGCACUUUCUCGUCUAUUUUCUCGGCAUUCGUAAAACAGAAAAGUGGGUCUCCAAGAAAAUUACCCUAAAAUCACAAAUCUUCAAUAAAGAUUGAUACUUUUCUCCUCCUCCUUCAAUGGAUUCCAGAGAAAUCCACCACCAACAACAGCAGCAACAACAACAACAGCAGCAACAGCAGCAACAACAUCUACAACAACAACCACCGCCAGGGAUGUUAAUGAGUCACCACAAUUCCUACAAUCGAAACCCUAACGCCGCCGCCGCCGCCGUGUUAAUGGGUCACAACACCUCCACAUCUCAAGCUAUGCAUCAGCGAUUACCUUUUGGUUCUAUGUCACCGCAUCAGCCUCAACAACAUCAGUAUCAUCAUCCUCAGCCUCAGCAACAGAUAGAUCAGAAGACUCUUGAAUCUCUUGGAUUUGAUGGAUCGCCUUCUUCUGUUGCCGCGACGACUCAACAACAGUCGAUGAGAUUUGGGAUCGACCAUCAACAGGUGAAGAAGAAACGAGGUAGACCUAGGAAGUAUGCUGCUGAUGGUGGUGGUAGUAACAUUGCUCUUGGUUUGGCUCCUACUUCGCCUCUUCCUACAGCUUCUAAUUCAUACGGUGGUGGAAAUGAAGGUGGUGGUACUGGUGGUGAUAGCGGCGGAGCUAAUGCGAACUCUUCCGAUCCACCUGCUAAACGGAACAGAGGACGUCCUCCUGGCUCCGGUAAGAAGCAGCUUGACGCUUUAGGAGGAACAGGAGGAGUUGGGUUCACACCUCAUGUCAUUGAGGUUAAAACAGGAGAGGACAUAGCUACGAAGGUAAUGGCGUUUACGAACCAAGGGCCACGCGCAAUCUGUAUUCUCUCAGCUACAGGAGCUGUAACUAAUGUGAAACUUCGUCAAGCUACCAAUCCUAGUGGAAUUGUUAAAUAUGAGGGCCGAUUUGAAAUCAUUUCUCUGUCAGGUUCUUUUUUGAAUUCUGAGAGUAAUGGUACUGUGACCAAAACUGGUAACUUGAGUGUGUCGCUGGCUGGACAAGAUGGCGGGAUUGUGGGUGGAAGUGUUGCUGGAAUGCUAGUAGCUGGAUCACAAGUCCAGGUCAUUGUGGGAAGCUUUGUCCCAGAUGGAAGGAAGCAGAAACAAAGCGCAGGGCGUGCUCAGAAUACCCCUGAGCCAGCUUCAGCUCCAGCCAAUAUGUUGAGCUUUGGUGGUGGUGGUGGUGGACCCGGAAGCCCUCGAUCUCAAGGACAACAACACUCAAGCGAGUCAUCAGAGGAAAACGAAAGUAAUUCUCCGUUGCACCGUGGUACCAACAACAACAAUAACAACAGCAACAACAACAACAACAAUCAUGGGCUAUUUGGAAACGCUACACCUCAACCGCUUCACCAAAUUCCUAUGCAGAUGUACCAUCUCUGGCCUGGCAGCAGUCCUCAAUAAACAGAUGGUUCAUGGGUCAAGAUUGACCGGGUUUGCUUCUCUGUUCCUUUUGACACAUCUCUCCAUCAGAAUUAUAUCUAUAAAGUAGAUUGAGCUUUCUUACUCUCUCAUCUUCUUCUCCUUCUUAUUUCUCUUAAAUUUAGCUUUGGUUUUAGAUAAAUAGAGAGAGAGACAUGUUAAGUAGGUUUCAAAUUCAAUCUUGUUUAGUUUGGUUCUUAGUAGUUUCUUUUGAUUGUGAUGAUCAUAAAAGACUUGUUCUUUUUUCUUAUAAUCAACGAAUUAUCCA